CGCCUCUUCCCGGAAGCUGACGAUCAUCUGAUUUUUUUUCCCUUUUUCCUUGUUCCUUGUUAGCAAUCCUCAGUGCUAGCUAACAAAACAUCGGUUCCACUUUCUUUUCUGUCUUCUAUUUCCUCUCUGCAUCCAUCAUUAGGAGUUAAAGGAACUUCUCGUCUACCUCCCAAGUCAUGGACGAGACGAGUCCGCUUGUCUCUCCGCUCCGGGACUCGGGCGAUUUCACCUACUGCCCCACGGAGCCCACCAGUCCCCGGGGCGCGUUUGGAAGCACGCCGGGCUCCGUGGUGCGCAUCACGGCCGGCAGUCCGGGGCGCAAUCGAGAGAGACAGCCGCUUCUGGAUCGAGACCGUGGAAACACGCCACGGGAGGCGCACAGGAAUGAAUUCCCAGAAGAUCCCGAGUUCAGGGAGAUCAUCCGAAAGGCCGAACGAGCUAUAGAGGAGGGGAUCUACCCCGAGAGGAUCUAUCAGGGUUCCAGUGGGAGCUAUUUUGUCAAAGAUUCACAGGGGAAGAUAAUUGGUGUGUUCAAACCUAAAAAUGAAGAGCCCUAUGGGCAGCUGAAUCCCAAGUGGACCAAGUGGCUCCAGAAACUGUGUUGUCCCUGCUGUUUUGGCCGUGACUGUUUGGUCCUGAACCAGGGCUACCUCUCAGAGGCUGGGGCCAGUCUGGUUGAUCAGAAACUGGAGCUCAAUAUUGUUCCCAGGACCAAGGUGGUGUAUUUGGCAAGUGAAACAUUCAACUAUAGUGCCAUAGACAGGGUCAAGUCUCGAGGAAAAAGGCUAGCUUUGGAGAAGGUGCCUAAAGUGGGCCAGCGCUUUCACAGGAUUGGACUGCCACCCAAGGUUGGCUCUUUUCAACUCUUUGUUGACGGAUACAAGGAUGCAGAUUUCUGGCUGCGAAGGUUUGAAGCAGAGCCUUUGCCCGAAAACACCAACCGGCAGCUCCAACUGCAGUUUGAGCGGCUCGUAGUCCUUGAUUAUAUUAUCAGGAAUACAGACCGGGGAAAUGACAACUGGUUGCUGAAGUACGACUGUCCCAUGGACCCUGUUGGAAACCGGGACACAGACUGGGUGGUAGUAAAGGAUCCUAUCAUCAAGUUGGCAGCCAUAGACAACGGCCUUGCAUUCCCCCUGAAACACCCUGACUCCUGGAGAGCUUACCCCUUCUACUGGGCAUGGCUUCCCCAGGCCAAAGUUCCUUUCUCCCAGGAAAUCAGAGAACUAGUCCUUCCCAAACUCAGUGACCCAAAUUUCAUCAAAGACCUAGAAGAGGACCUCUAUGAACUCUUUAAGAAAGAUCCUGGUUUCGACAGAGGACAGUUUCACAGACAAGUAGCUGUUAUGAGGGGACAGAUCUUGAACCUGUGCCAAGCCCUGAAAGAUGGUAAAACACCCCUCCAGUUGGUCCAGAUGCCUCCAGUAAUUGUUGAAACAGCCAGAGCUCCUCAGAGAGCAAACAGUGAGUCUUACACUCAGAGUUUCCAGAGCAGGAGACCCUUCUUCACCUGGUGGUAGAAAAGAAGCAGAAGAAGAGAAACAACAAGGAGCUGGAGCGAGAAAAGGAUGAAGAACAUUUGUGUUUGGAUGAAGGACACUGCAGAACCUGAGGGCACAGGUUUUAUUUUUUUUCCUUGAAAUGGAAUUAGUCCUCACAUCUCCCACCCUUUCCUUAUGGGUAAUUCAGUAGCAGAGUGUGAGUUGGUGAAUGUUAAGAAGAGGCCAAAAGAGGAAGAAUUUCAUAACAUAUCUUCCCUGUUUUACUUCUGUGCCUUUUGUGGAGAUCAGCUUAAAAACUGAUGAUGUGAUGAAGAUUUUGUACCUUCCUGUGAAAGAUUUCAGUGAGGUGACUUUUCUGUUGGACUCCUGGGUGCACGUAAUGUUUGUUCACGCACAUGCACACUCAUCAGAAGCCUCUCAUGCUGUUGUUUUUGUAUGGAAAGUGUUGCAUUCCAUGUUUUGUUUUGUUUGCUUUUUUCCAUAUCUCCCAUCCUUCAAUAUCCACAUGCAUAUUCCCUCCCACAAAGUUCAAAACCCUGGGUUGGUGAAAGCAGUUGUGCCACUAAAUGGACAUUUUAUUUUUCUUUUAUUUUUUAACAAAUAAGAGAAGUUGUUCAUUGUGACUAAGUAUUACAGAUUCAGGAAACAGGCACUCAGUGGUGUGCAUGCCUUUACACAAUGAACAUCAACCAUGUGAACUGGUUUCACAUGGUUCCUCCUAAGAUCAGGAUCUGCAAGUCAUCUUGGUUGAUGUAGAAAAGCUGAGGUACUUUUGGUUUAAGAACUUAACUGUUUGUUAAGUUAAGGUAAGUGUGAGUUUGAGUGGCUCGUCUAAUAUGCCUACUCCCUCUGAGGAGUUGAGUCUUUGGUGAAGAAAACAAAAUUACUGCAUCUGCAACUAAACAAAGGCGAGUCGUGGUUGCUCGUCCAUCAGCUCCUUUUGUUUUGGACUCUUGGUUUGAGUUGAUUUUCUGUCUCCAAGGUGGACCUAAGUAAACAAAGAAAUAACUUUCUGCUGUACUGAACUGACAUGAAAUGUAAUGUGGCAAUGCACUGUAUAAUUUGUAUGUAAUAUUUAAUGAUAGAUUAUAAUUAAAACAUAUUCCAUUAAUACAGA